AUCGCGCUAAGCCGCACAGCAGACCGGCGAGGCGAUCCGUCAAGUCCGUCAGCCCCGUCCCGUCUAUUCCGCUUCUCCCACCGAAUCUUCGCACCCCGAACCACCCCAGUUGGACCAGCUCAGCCAAUCUCGGCUUCUGCUGCUCGUCGACGGCUCCCCCUUGCUCUGAAGAACCACCAGAAGCAGAAGUCACCGGGCGUCCAUCCCACAGCCUAGAGCCGUCUAACGGCAGCAUCCACGUCAGCAUGGAUCCAGAAGAGCCACCAGAAGCAGGCUCUCCCAGUCUGAGCCCGUCGAGUCAGUCCCCGCGGCAGAAGCAGUCGCCACCAGUCCAAGCCCGGCCCGUCUGUCCCACCGCCUAGUAGAUUCCAUCUCUGCGGCAGUUUCCACGUCAGCAUGGAUCUACGAAGCAACGGUGACUCCGUCGGAGCGCGUCGGAAUCUUAUCCCGAAAAUCGGGACAGCGGGAUGAUGUUGUUUUCGCUGCAAUGCGCGACCAAGCAGACACCGGUGGUUUCGCUUUGCAGUGGCUCGCAGCGCGUGCAGCUCCGAGUCGGGCGCGAAUAAAUAGGCUAAGACGCAGCGCCGCGUCGCCGCGGUCGUCCCCUUCCCCUUUCCCCUUUCCUCUUUCCCCUGCGAGAAGCACCCCUGUUGUAACUGACGAGAGCUAUAAAAGGCUGCUAACUCUCAUUGCUUUCAGUCAGCACUGAUUACGAGCUCCGUCCCUCAGCUCAAGGUUCUGAGCUGGGCCCCUAAGCUCAAGCUGGUCUCAUUGGGGCCUGUUUCUCUCCCACCUCCCGGAUUCGUGCUUUCUCUAAGAAGACAAGUCCCCUUGUCGACGUCGCGAUUCUCUCGCGUCCAACUGCCCAUGGCUCGCUCCCUGAACCUGUCCGCGCUUUUGGCAGCCGCUGCGGCGCUGCUCGUCGCUGCCUCUCUCCUCGCCACUCUCCCCGCCGUGAAUGGCGCUCAGGCCGGCGGUGCCGUGAGCUACAGCAAGAGCGGGCUGGACUGGGAGGGCGUGUGUUCGUCAGGAGAGAGGCAGUCGCCCAUCAACAUAGUGAUGGACGAGGCACGGGUGGUGAGCGAGCCGGAGAAGUUUGCUAUGGACUACGACGAGGCAGCCACCACCGCCACCGUCAUCAACAAGGGCUACACCGUCCAGGUGGUGCCCAACCCCGCCAGCACCUACCGCCUGCACAUCGCCAGCGGCACAUACGAGCUGAGGCAGGUGCACGUGCACGCCUUCUCCGAGCACGCCGUCAACGGGCUCUUCGCCCCCCUGGAGGCGCACCUUGUGCACAUGCAUGUGGACGACCCCUCCAAGCUGGCAGUCGUGGGCGUCAUGUUCCGGCUGCACCGCGACGACCACGCGAGCAAAUGGGUCGACACGUGGUUGCCCAAAACUCCCUCAGAAAUCAAUGCGGAGGCCAGCAUCGACAUUCCGAGGAAUUUCUGGCGGCAGCUGGUGGACGCGUCCAUGGGGUUCUGGCGCUACCCCGGGUCGCUCACCACCCCAGGCUGUGAUGAGCUCGUCGAGUGGCACGUGCUGCGCAAGGCGCAGUUCCUCUCCGUGGCGCAGGCUGCCACGUUCAUGAAUCUGAUGGCUGUGACGAACAAGGAGCGCACCAACAACCGCAUGCCCGAGCCACUCAAUGGCAGGGAGGUCACUUACUACACUACUGUCACGGCGUGAUGUUCCAGUAUCUGACACCUACGCUGUUGCUGGUCUGCUCAAUGGCCGGGAGGUCAUUUACAUGACUUCACUAUAGUCACUGUUAACGUAGAAACGAAUGAUUACUAGAGGUGGAAACCUAUAACAAAUACUAGUUGGUUGUACUCACUAGAAGCAUACCUCAGUCUAGCCUAUAACUUCUACAUAGAUAAUAUGUAUAAGUUGACACACCCCCUAGGCUAGACAAGG